AUGUCUGUUUUACUUGUAUCCGCAGGAUAUGACCACACAAUUAGAUUUUGGGAAGCCUUAACAGGGGUUUGUUCGAGAACCAUUCAGCACACAGAUUCACAGGUUAAUAGGUUGGAAAUGACUUCUGAUAAAAGAUUUCUUGCUGCUGCUGGUAACUUACAUGUCAGGUUGUAUGAUAUUAGAUCAGCAAACCCUAACCCGGUUACUUCCUUUGAAGGUCAUAAAAAUAACAUCACUUCAAUAUCGUUUCACCAAGAUAAUAAAUGGAUGGUCAGUAGCAGUGAGGAUGGAACUAUUAAAGUUUGGGAUGUUAGAUCGCCAUCUGUCCAAAGAAAUUUUAAGCACAAUUCGCCUGUUAAUGAAGUGGUUAUACAUCCGAAUCAAGGUGAAUUAUUAUCAUGCGAUAGAGAUGGAAACAUUAAAGUCUGGGAUUUGGGCGAAAAUAAGUGCUCACAAGAAGUAACACCUGAAGAUGAUACACCUUUACAAACUCUAUCGAUUGCAGGUGAUGGAUCUCUAUUGGUUGCUGGUAAUAAUAAGGGGAGUUGUUAUGUUUGGAAAAUGCCCAAUUGCACGGAUGCCUCGGUAUUAACACCACUAACAAAAUUUAGGUCGCAUACAAAAUAUAUAACAAGAGUUUUAAUAUCGGCAGACUCAAAGCAUUUAGCCACGUGUUCUGCGGAUCACACUGCCAGAAUCUGGAGUAUAGAGAACAAUUUUGGAUUAGAAACUACCUUGGACGGACAUAAAAGAUGGGUUUGGGAUUGCGCGUUUAGUGCGGAUAGCGCUUAUUUACUAACGGGCAGUUCAGAUCAUUAUGUAAGGUUAUGGGACCUUUCGACAAAUGAAAUCGUUAGGCAAUAUAGUGGACACGAUAAGGGUGUGGUUUGUGUUGCAUUGAAUGACGUAUAG